AUGGAGAAGCUCGAGGCCGCGAAGAAGUACGCGGAGGCGCAGGCGGGCGGCGAGCAUCCAGAGGAGAGCAAGGACGAGGCCGCGCGGAAGCAGAAGGACUCGGCGCGGCGACGCGAGAGGCAGCGCCUGCACAGGGAGCGCGCGUUGAGGAAGCUGCGAAAGGUCCGAAACGGAAGGCGCGACGAGGACUCCGACCCCGAGGAAGAAGAGGCCGACAGAGCCGGUAGCCGGCGGACGUCGAGAGGAGGCAGCGGACUCAGGACGAACGCGCAGGCGUCGUCGGCGUCGCCGCGCGGCGCCCGGCGGGGCGCCUCGGAUUCUCGCCGCGAAGGGGGGCAGAGGGCGACGGAGAGGAGCCUACAUCGACGAGACGAAGACGAGGACGAGGCACGCGGCGCCGGCCGACUAGACCGCGGCUCGCCGUCCGAGCCCGUGUCACCCCACGGCUGCUCGCGUGUGCUGUCUCCGUCGCCGCCGGGGCUCUCGCGCCCGCUGCGCGGCGCCGCAGCGGCGCAGGCCGGCGAGCAGCUGCCGGCGCCUGCUGCGCCGAUUCCGCGAGUCUCUGCGCUCGACUUGAUUCGGAAGAAGCCGCACGUGAUGGAUCCCCUCCUUUACGACAGCCGCCGAAUCGUCUCCAAGAACGUCCCGCCGACCAACGGGCGCUUCACCGCCUACGGGCUCGCGCGGCUGUACGCCGCGAUCGCCGCCGGCGAAAUCCUCGACAGCGCGACGCUCGAGGCUGCGCGCACGCCGGCGACAGUCGACGGCAGCCUGGAGACGCUGCUGUUGACCGGAGGCGGCAGUCGCGUCUGGGGACUCGGCUACCAACUCUACGAGUGCACGCAGAUGGAGGCGAGCCACCUCGCGGUACCUCCGCCGCCGACGCCGACGAGCCUCUGGCGCAUGCGUGCAGCUCAGUCCUUCGGCCGGCGCAGCACGCUUCACGCCUCAGAGUUCGCCGCGCGGUUUCUACGGUUCCAGGAGGCGCGCAGCGGCGAAACGGAGACACCUGCAGGCGCGGCAUCGACGCCGCUGUCACCCACCGCGUUCCACUCGCCUGCCGCAUCCUGCCUGUACGCGCGUCCUUCGUCCUCGUCCUGCUUUGCGCGAGGCGCGACGCCGGAGCCCGCAGCCCGACUCCGGGCGACCGAGAGCCCCCGGGGGCUCGAGCGGGCCGCGUUGACCUUGGGGGCGAAUUCGGCGUAUAGUCGGGGCCUGGGAGUGGGCGCCGGCGCAGCAGCGGAGAGCGGGGGAGGGUUGGGCAGGCGAAGCCCGAAAGGGAUUCCGUAUCUCUCGACUGCGAGCGCAAACGCUGAAGGCCGCAGAGACGGCGGCACUGUCGUCGGUUUUGGCCAUGGCGACUUCGGUGGCAGCAUCGCCCUCUGCUUCCCGGAGUUGAAGCUGUCAAUUGCGAUCCUCGUGAACGACGUGCUCACAGGCCCGCAGGCUUCUCGAGAGAUUUUGGAAUUCAUUCUGAGGAAGUUCGGCCUCGAGCCGCGAUGGUCGACUGCCGUGGACUUCGAGGAGGUUCUCGCAAACCUCACGCCCAAGCAGGAGCCGACUCGGUGA